GCUGCCACCAAUAGGUAUUCCAGAGGAGAAACAAGUAGAUCUUUGGGACAAAAUUCAUAAAUAUUGUCCAACUGAAUUUCAAGACAAACUCUGUCCAAAGCUCCCAGAUGAUGUAAUAGAAAGAGUAAAAGGGAAAUCAAGAGGAAAAAAAUAG